AUGGAGCCAUGGCUGAGAUACCACUUCCUCUUCCUACUCGCACUGGAUGUCAUUACAUGCGGUCUCCUGGAUGGACCACCGAACACUGUCCCCCACGCUGAUGACAUCACCCUUAUAGCGGAUCAGCUGUAUCACCUGAUCAUCGACUUCCUCGAACGGGCGUCAGUAACGUCUCCAUUCGUCCCUGUUGCGAGCCAGAGUGAUCCAGUGAAUCGUCUUCGCUUCACGGACAUGAGUCCAGCAUUCAUUUAG